AUGUCAACCUUGGUCAUGGGGAGGUCGCGGGGCUGCCUGGGGGAAAUGACCCCGCCCCACCCCAAAGACAGCCAGGGGCAGUGCCCCCUCUCUCUCGGGGCCCCAGGGAGACCAGCUCUCGGGAAGGCCAGUGCCAAGUCCAGGCUCCGUCCACCUGCGGCCGAGGAUGAAGUCAUGGCUGCCGUGAGGUGGCCUGAGGCCUCCCAGCAGGCAGGCGCCCCACGGGGAUCUCCCCACAUGGCCUGGUCUGACAACACCAAGGAACCUGGCCCCUGGGUGAAGGCCCGCAGCCUCUCGGUGUGGUCGGCAGACGAGGACGCCGAGGAAGGGGACAGCUCGGUGUCAUCGGGCCGCCUCUCUGGCUCCUCGGGGGGCCACGGGUCAUGCACACCUCCCCACGGGACCUGGAAGGAGAGGACCCCCCAGGUGCCGGGGCCCCCGCGGCAGCCCAGGGAGAGCAAUCCCAGGCUGGAGCAGCUCAGGAACAAGAUCCGGGCUCAGGCUCAGUGGCAGGCGAGCUGCGCCUCCCUGGGCACCUCCGCACCCUCCAGCGCCUCGCACCUCUACAGAGCCGCCACUCCAGCCCCCCAGAGGAAGGCCCGAAAGCCGACAAACCCCCCUCUGGCCCCGGCCUACCCAGGCUCAGGCGUCCUGAGUGGGGCUAAAAGUGGAGUUGAAGACAAGGCAACCCCUGGGCAGGGACGUGAGGCCUCCAGGGUCUCCCAGCACCAGGCCUCCGUUCCACGGGAGAAAACCAAAAGGAUGAAGAGUAGUUCUUGCAAAAGAGAGAAGGCCCCUAAGCCACCCACUGCUAGAAGAGCUGCCAAAGACACAGGUAGGGACGCUGAUUCUGAGCUGGUUGGUGUCUCCGCCUGGAGAAAAGGACAGGCUCUGGUGAGGGUCUGCUUGGGCCCCCUCCUGCGCCCCCAGGCUCCCCAGCAAGGCACCCUCAAGAGGCCGGGCCCCCCUGCGGAAUUAGGACACAGCGCGAAGGUUGGAGUUGGGGAGAGCUCCCCUGUUCGCCCCCGGCCACCUAGUCCAGUCUCUGUCCGCGGUGACCCGCAGGUGUCAGCCAACACGCCUCACCUGGCCUCUGGCAAUCAGCCCAUGAACAUCCAGGCCGCUAUGGCCAUCCUUCGAGACCUCCGCCAGCAAAUCCAGGCUGGGCUGGAGCUGGCCCGGGACCGCCACCCAAGGCGAGGGCUGGAGCUGCGGGACCUGGUGGGGCGGAGGCGGCAGGGCCCCUGGAAACCCCCAGAUGUGCAUGGCUCCUUCUGGAAGAGCUCUCAGGCCACGACGGAGGGGAUGCCCACCUCCGAGAGGGCUGGAAGCCUCCCCACAGCACAGCGCUGGAGCACCUUGGCCAGGUGGGAGUCCUAUCCGCAGAGGACCUGGGCUGCCCAUGGACGGGACCCCUCCUUCCAGAGACCCGGGAGCUGCACCGAAAAGCUAAACUCCUUCCCUCAACGGCCCUGGAGCGCCUCGGCCAGGCAGACCUUCUAUCCACAGAAGACCAGGGAGGUCCAGGGACAGGACCCCUCCUUCCAGAGGCCUGGGAGCCCCUCUGAAAGAUGGGGCCCCUCACUGCAGCGGCCCUGGAGCGCCUCGGCUGGGCAGGCCUGGGGUCCGCAAAGGGCCUGGACCGCUUGUGAAGACCGGGAGGCCCCUGCCUGGAGGCCAUGGAGCCCUCUGGAAAGGCCGCGCCCUCCCACGUGGCGGCCCUGGAGCGCCUCCUUCACGCAGGGGGCCGGCCCCCUGUGCCACGACAGGGGUCCCCUGCUGACCCCCUCGGGGGCGAAGCUUGCCUGGCUGAGGCCCAGCCGGGGUGCCCUUCAGAACACGUCUGGGAAGGAGGACGAGGUGCGGCCCCCGCCGCCGUGCCCGAAGCCCCGGGGGGCCCUGGGCCCCCUCCACGGCUCCGAGUCCCUGCGGGAGUUCAUGCGUCAGAAGACGGCGGGCUGGCGGCGGCAGGCCCUGGAGGAGAAGGCCUCGGCCACGCGCGCCCUGGGGCUCAGAAACCAGAGGCUGCAGGGCGUGCACAGGAAGCAGAAGGAGGCCGGUCUGUGCAGAGCCGGCCCCGUGGUCUCCCAGACGACCCCCGGCAUCGUGACCUUCGUCCCGCACUCUGCACAGUCCAGGGGCCUGGAGGCGCCUGCGCUGCAGUGGAGCAAGGUGACUUCCGGCAUGGUGCUGGGGGACCAGGAGGCCCCGGGCAGCUUCUGCCUGUGUUUGAACAGAGCCUUGAACCCGGCAGAGACUCUAGAGGCGGGAGGCCCCCAGGAUGGCUGGGAGGGCGCCGCCCUGCCGAUGUCGGCCAGUUCCUCCCUGGGACCCCUGCAGCUCCAGGACCUGACCACCCACUACCCAAGCCCGGGGCUGUGCAUCUACCUGGACCCCGAGGAGUCCGAGCGCCUGGGCAUGCCGGGCCCCCUGCACUUCCGGUACAAGCAGGCCCGGCUGCAGGCCCUGGAGGCCAUGGCCACCAUCCUGAAGCAGCGGAUCGACACCCUGACCGACAAGCUGCGCAGGUCGGAGGCAGCGGAUGCGCCGGGCCCGCCGCCUUUCAGCUCCAGCGCGCCGGCCUGCCCUGGAGCCCUGCUGCCCAACCUGGGCCGAGGGGAGCCCUGGCACUGGGCAGGCGUGGGGGCCAGGCCGCUUCUCUCCACCACCUGCUUCCGGGACGCUGAGACGCUGCCCUGGAGCCCUGGCUGGGAGCGGCCGCGGAGCGUGAGCCCGAUGGGCCACCAUGCCAGCAAGCCCCGAGGUACGGCCGGCCCCGCGGCUGCCAGUGACCACCUGCCCCGUCGAGGGGCAAAAAAGCAGGACCAGGGUCCCUCCUGCCAUGGGGGUGGGGGGGCGGAAGUGAAUGCCCGUCUCUCCAAAGGCUUCAUGGAGGAUGGACGCUUGGAGCUGGACAAGAGGCUGGCGAGAAACGUGGCUUCCUUCCAGGCCCUCAGCCCCUUCGCAGGGAGCCCCUGUCAGGAGUGGGGCGACCUUCCUGCCCUAGUGCAGCCCCCGGGGCCGCUGCAGUCCCUGGCAGCUCUGGUCCACGCGGGCUCUGAAAGUUGGGCUGACGCCCUCUCCUGCCCCAAGAACUGCGUCUUCAGCCCCACUGCCCACCCCCCGCCCCGGCCCGUCUGCCCGGGGCUCCUGCAGACCUUGAGAAGGGGAGGCGCGUGGGAGAAGUCUCCAGAGGUUAAUUUUGGUGCCCCAGGCUCUGCGGUGGACAGCCUGCCUCGGUGCGUCCUGCUGCUGGGCGGCCAGCAAGGUCCGGACCAUGCAUUCCUGGAGCAGCCCUGCCCCCACUGCCUCUGGGAGCCCUCCCCCGACCACCACCGAGCCGUGGGCUGCUCCCUCUUCCUGAGACAGGCUCUUCACGCCCCCUCCCCUGCAGGACCGUCAGCUGUGGGUCGGGGGCCCGGUGGGGGGGUCACCUGCUCACUCGGGGCGGCUGCCACGCCGGACCCCCGCUGCGGCUCCCUGCGGCUGGAAGAGAUGCCGUCGGCCAGAGGGGUGGGCUCGGUCGCGCCCUGGACCCUCCGGAGCUGUGGUCCACUGUCUGACAUCCAGCAGAAGUCCCGGAGCUUCCUGGAGUCCCUGAAGCUGGACCAGCGGAAGCAAGAGCGGGCCCUGGCCCUUCUGCAGCAGCAGGCAGAGCUGGAGGUCUGGGAGACGCAGAAGGCCCUGGGGGAGCUGCUCUUCAGACAUCGGCUGCAGCGGCUGAUGGAGAAACACUCGACCCGGGCCAGGCCAGGCACGGCCUUGGAGCUGGAGCGGCCGCAGGUGUGUGUGGACCGGGAGCGGAAGACCUCGGGGAGCACCGUGACAGCCAGCCCCAGCUCACGCCCGCUCCCUGGUGGAGCGGCGGCCGCGCGCUCCCCGAGGCCUGAGGGAGGAAAGAAGGGGCCGGCGGAGGACGAGACAGCUCAGGCAGAGCCGGUGCAGGAAGGGAAACCAGACCAGACACCCUCCCAGCUGCCCCGGGACAGGCUCUACCCUCGGGACAAACCCAUUCUCCAGCACAGCCGGACGCGGCCCCGGAGCGCGGCGCCCGGCUCCUUCAGCCGCUUCGCGCUGCGGAGGCUGGAGCAGAGCCUGCGCGAGGAGGAGCUGCGCGCGCAGCACCAGGCCGCGCUGCUACGCCUGCGCGAGAAGGCGCUGCGGGAGAAGACGCGCGCGGAGCUGGGCUGGCUGGAGCAUCAGCGAAGGUACCUGAGCAGCACCGGUAGCUUUUUGGCGCUGGUGGCCUUGACGGAGAAGCAGCACCAGGCUCUCAGCAACCUGGAGCGGGAGCUGAGGGAGAUUCGGUGCCUGCGGAACAGUCAUCUGUGCUCUCACCGGGAGAGGAAGCUGCUGCUGCAGCUCCAGAAGGACAUCCUCUCCGUGCAGAGGUCCGCGGCCCGGCUGCGGCAGGAGCGUCAGGCCCCCAGGCUGCCUCAGAGUUCCAGCCCCAACGUCAAGGCCACUCGGGAGGAGGGUCCCGGGACAGGCCGGCAGCCGGAGGGGCCCGCCUCGCGCCCCCCACGCUCCCCGACAUCACACAGCCCUGGCAGCCCCGUCGGCCACCGCCCCCGGAGGAGCCCCGAGGACCCACAAGUCCCGCACGCACUCACCGGGCAGCAGGACAGGACACCCCCCCGGGCAGCUUCGGCUGCGGACAGUCACCUGCAGCCUCCGAGGCUGGCGUGGGGAGAGGACACACCCGCAGCCAGCGGCCGGCCUGGCGCCGGGGACCAGCUGGAGGAGAGUCACGGCCACGCGGGCAGAGGUAACCAGGCAGGGCAGCAGCAGUGGCGGCGAGGAUGGACGUCACCCCUUCGGAGGGACCCGGCAGCCCGCGGCAGCAUCUGGCCCGGGUCAGACAGAGCUGCGUCCCGGUGGGCCUGUGUGACGGCGGCGACCCCGGCCUCCCUGUCCCGGUGGCUGAGUGCGCAAGGCCCUGCAGGAGGCCACCCGAGCACACCUCGGCCCACGUUUCCAGACAGUGGGGGCGCGUCAGGGUGGGGCGGCCACUGGGACCGGGCGCCCCCGCUCCUGGCGGGUGUGACUGCUCGGAGCAGCCGAUCGGGCUGCGGAGUGUUCAGGCCGGUCCCCAGGCCCACAGAGCAGCCCAGGGCCACACAGAACAUGCUGUCUGACCCACGUCCAGCCCCUCGCGACGGUGCCUCCGCCAGGGGGGACGGGGGAGUCGGCCAGGCCCGCCCUGCUCUUGACUUCAGAGCUGCAUGCCCCAGGCCCGGGGCUGAGCUGGCCCUCGGGUCACUCGGGCCUCCAGGAAGGGGACGUGUCCAGACACGGAGCCCGACAUGCCCCUGGGCCGUCCCCGCCUCGCUUGCUCGAGGUCGGCUUGCUUUCAGUCUGUCCCCCGGGGAAGAGUCUGUCCCCCACCACUCCCCGCGCACCGAAGCCCCCGCUGGCCACAGACACCCCAAGGGAGCCCCGACAGCAGCUGCUGUGGCCGCCCCGCCCGGCCGGGCUCCCCGUCCUGCCCGCCGCCUCCCUGCCCCCCUGUACGGCGAGGAGCCGUCGACACGGUGUGCCUUAAAGUGCCAGGCACGGGGCAGCUUGAAGGGACAGAAACGGACAGCUUUCCCUCCACCCCGUCCCCUACCAAGCCCCGUUCCUGGAAGCCCUGCCCUGGCAGAGCCGCGGGGGCCGUCUGGUGUCUCUCUGCCGGGCCUGCAGCGGGCGACCUCCCUGGAUGUGGGACAGCCACCGGGCCCAGCCUUUCCUGUACGCAAACAUGAGAAAGUCCUUCACCUGUUUGCGCAUUUGGGGGACCCUCCCCUGUUCCACCACCCCGCGCCUGAUCACGGUGGGGGCCCAGGCAUCAGCGUGCCCUUAGGUCCCGUGCUGGUGGGGGUCCUUAGUGCCCUUCCCCCGGGUGGCUCCUUGGGACGGCUGUCUCUCUCCACCCCCUCGCAGACGCAGGCGGGCGACGUGGAGGGGAGCCUCUCUGCAGGUCAGCUCCGGUUCCAGCCGACGAAGGAGCUGCCCCCGGGAGACCCCCAGACCAAGCCCAGCCCCCGGCCAGCAGAGGAGAGGACCCAAGGAGAGGCUCGGACGGGAAGCCGCGCACCAAGCUUCUGGGGCUGGAGCCGACACCCCCCACGCGCAGGGGAUCCCCCCGGCCCCCGGGAAGCCAGCUGUUCCCAGCAGGCGCUGGAAGGCAGCUGGAGCCGGGCGGGGUCGGGAGCGGGGCUGGAUGUUGCUGACCGCCCCGUGGAGGAGCCCGUCGCCGUGGAAAGCGCGUCAGGGGUGCAGAGGAUAGAGACCUGUUGGCAGGAGGACCCCCGUGCCCCAUUCUCCUGCCAGGAAGCUGCCCAGCUGACCGCCUUUCCUGCAGCUGCGACAGCCGAGGUGGCGGCGCCCCCCGCCCGGCACGAGGGCAGGCCCCCGGCCCAGCGCACGGCCUCCUGGGACCUGGGCUCCGCGUGUGCGUCUGCUCCUGGCACCUGCUCGGGGUCUUCGGCGUGGUCCCUGGCCUCCUCCUCCGGGAGCAGCCCAUCCUGUCCCUCACUCCAGGAGUUUCAGAAGGCAUCCGCCAUCCUGGUCCAGCUUUCUGAGAGCUCCGUCUCCCUGUCAGAUGGGGACACCCUAGAUGCGGACCUCAGCUGGUCCGGGGGGCUCCACCAGGGCGGAGGGCCGGAGGCCUGGGAGGGGCUGGAGGGCAGUGGGGCCCUUUCCCUGCGUGGCUCCUGCACUGGGGCUGGUGGCCCGGAGCCAACAGGAGGCCUCCCUGACACCCCGUCUCCGCGGUCGGGGUUGGAGCUGUCAGAGGCGCCCGGCGAGGUCUGGGACCAGGAGAGCCUGAGAGAGCCUGGCGCUGGUGCUGUACCUACCCCCGGGCACCGCUCGCCUGCAGGGGAUGUGUCCCACCCGGAACACACAGGAGGGCCCCCUGCCCUGCCUCCCUUACUGGGCCCAGGGGAGGGGCAGGACGAUUCUGGAAGCAAUGGGAGCCUAACCUGUGGAUCAAACACAGGAAAAGCCAAAGGGCGGUCCCCGGAGGCCGCUAGCACGACAUUCCCCUCCCAGACCUCUUCCCGCGGUGACCUACCCUUGUCCCUUUCCUUUCCCUCGAGGACCUCGGCCUCCGAAGGGGCAGAGGUCAGCAAAAGAGGAGAGAUGGGGGGGCCCGCACAGGCCUCAGCUGGCUGCCCGGGGGGGCCCUGCAGUCCUUGCCCAAGUCUAUCCACCAACGGGGAACCCCUCCAGGCCUCACCCGAGCCUGAGGUCCCUGGGAGCCCACAGGCUCCUCCUAGGGACCUCGGCGGGCCGGCAGCCCCGACAUCUGAGAGCCGGGCGCCUGGCUGUGGGGGGAGCAGAGCCCCCGCCGUGCUGGAAGAAGCCUGCCCUCCCCUGGCCGGCGGCGUCUUACCUGAGAUCCUGGCCCCCGUCGACAAGGUGCUGUCCUGCGGCGGUGCUGACCUCCCGUCCUCCACCCGCUGGGACACCUGCCUCCCGCCUCCGCCUCCCACCCCCCCGGCGGAAGGUGAGGCUGUCCCAGCCGGCCCCCACUCAGAAGACUUCCCUUCCCCGCCCGAAGAGGUCGAGUGUCCUGGCGGCUCGCUGGGCGCCCCAGGGGAAGACUCCGCCAUCACCCUGGGAGAGCUGCCCUCCUGGUCUGGGGAGGGCCUGCCUGAGCCACUGUCCCUGGGGUCCCGGGAGUUGGGGCUCUGCCCGGGGGUGGCCGGACAGGGCAGAAGCCUUGCGGGUGAAUUGGGUGGAACGAGUUCUGUGGAGAGGGACCAGGCCACAGGCGGCCAGUGGUCUGAACCACAACCACGUGGCUGGCCAGGGUCCUCCUUGUGUGGGGGAGCAGGUGAUGUCCCGGUGGGGGGGCUCCCAAGGCUGUCAGCGCAGCCCCCGAGCCUGUCCAGAGUGGCCUGUGUGGCUGGGGACAGUCCAGCCGCUGGGGACCCAGGGCUGCCUGGCUCUGGGCGGGGGGACCCAGCUAUGGGUUUGGGCGCAGACCCCCGCACUGACCUCCCGGGCAUGGACAGAGCCGAGGUGGUGGAUCUGGUCUCCACGCAGCUCACCAGAAGGAUCCUCUGCGACACACUGGCUGCACUCUCAGAGGCCGCCCCGCCCGGCAGCCUGGCGACGGAGGGACCCGCGGGUGCCAGCCGUGUCAUCCGGGCUUACACGGCGGCCACUGGGCAGUCGUGGGGAGGACAGGACUUCUGAGAAGAUGGGGGGCCUGUGGUGACACAGACGUCUGUGAUUGUGCAUGAGUGUGUGUGCACGUGUGAGCAUGCGGGGGCUUCAGGAAGCCUGGACUUUCCUUGGGCAGGGCCACCAUGCAGAGCAGUCACCGGUGGAUGGCCACCUGAUACAGGGCCAUCGAUUGGACACCAACUGCAAAUUGGCUGUGACCCAGAGAGGUUAAGGUGAAAGGAUGUGCGGGUGUGCCCAGAGCUGGCUGGCCAAGAAAGGCACAGAGGUCAUGGACUUGAGGGAGAU